GCAAGACGUCCCAUAAUUCAGGUGGUUGAGUUUUGGGUGGGAUAUGCUGACAGAAAGCGGUGCAGUUUAGCGGAACAACGAGAAAAGAACAGUAUUUUCUAUCGGUAAUUGUUACACGGUGCUAGCUUGGGUCAGCUAAGGUUACCACUGUGAAGCUAGCAACAAAGGAACUAGCAACACCUGAUAACAAGGUCCUGUCACGUAUUCUGCCUGUUUCCUGCAGUGAGUCUUCAAGAUCCAGCUGGCACUACCAGCCAAUCCAGCCAUGUCUCAGGACAAAAGUGGCUUCCACGUCUCCGGCGAGACCAACCCUCUGCAUAACUCUGUCUUCGGCCAGCCAAACCCCAGUGGAUUCAUGAUUCCCCCGCCCAACUACACUCAGUCUCCACCCACAUUUGGGGAAGCGGCACCUGGAGGGAUCCCGUACCCUGCUCCCACUGCCUUUGGGCAGCCUGGCUUCCCCCAAGGCGCCCCUGCAUUUGGACAAGGCCCUUUCCCCCAAAUGCCAUUCCCACAGAUGCCAUACCCACAGGGCCCCUACAACCAGGGCCCCUACAACCAAGGGCCCUACGACCAGGGACCGCCCCAUCCUGGCUACAGUGACCCCAAUGCACCUGUGGGUAGUCCAGGCUACCAUGCUGACGUGCCUCCGUCUUACUAUGACAACGAUGAGUUCACCAGCUCAGGCUGGGAGGAGGACAAGACCAUUCGACGGGCCUUCAUUCGCAAGGUGUUCAUGGUCCUGACAGUGCAGCUGAUGGUGACCUUUGGCUUUGUGGCAGUCUUCACCUUUGUGGAGGAAGCUCAGACAUUUGUGCGCGUCAACCCGUGGACCUACUACGCGUCCUAUGGGAUCUUCUUCGUGUCCCUCAUUGUGCUCAGCUGCUGUGGAGAGUUCCGGCGUAAGCACCCCUGGAACCUUGUGGCAUUGUCAGUCCUGACUCUGAGCCUGUCCUACAUGGUGGGGAUGAUCGCCAGCUUCUACAGGACCGAUACUGUCAUCAUGGCUGUGGGCAUCACAGCUGUGGUGUGUUUCACAGUGGUGAUUUUCUCACUGCAGAGCAAAUAUGACUUCACGUCCUGCCAAGGCGUGCUCUUUGUCUGCCUGAUUGUCCUCCUCAUCUUCGCCGUCCUCUGCAUCUUCAUCCGCAACAAGAUCUUGCAUAUUGUCUACGCCUCGCUAGGAGCACUACUCUUUACCUGCUUUUUGGCUGUGGACACCCAGCUGCUCCUGGGGAACAAGAAACUGUCCCUGAGUCCGGAGGAGUACGUGUUUGCUGCACUCAACCUCUACACUGACAUCAUCAACAUCUUCAUGUACAUCCUGGCCAUACUGGGCCGUGCUCGCGAGUGAGAGUGCCCCUGGUGGAAAGGAGGAGAGAUGAGCGGCUCAGUGUGUAACGAUGGCCCUGUUCAUUUGUUCACUUUUAUGACAUUCACUUCUCCAAUUUGACAAUCUUUUGGAGAGAAUUCUGGAUUGUGCCUACAGGCCCAUAACUUGAGAGACUUUUCUUCUUUAAAAGAUUCAUUUAGAAUUGAUUUAAGUACCUAAACAUACUAGACCAAUUGAGCUGUUCUUAUUUAUUUUAGGUUUUGUGUGGGUUAGUGAUCAGUUUAGGUUCUUUUUGGUUGAAUUCAUUCAGUUAUGUGUCUUAUAUUUCCCGUUUGUUUUUCAACAACCUGAGUAAUUUCCCUCAUUCUCAUUUAAAUACCAUUUCCCUUCCUUUCUUAUUUGAGAGUGCUUGCAUGGCGGAGAAUGGAGAAAAAAGCACAUUGCUUUUGAAGGAUGUGAAGGGCAUUGACAAAAGUUACAACAGAGAAUUUGCUCUCAGAUCUCUCCUAUGCAUCUUGGUCUCCUGGUAUUUUCAAUUACACGGUCCUUGUGUGUUUAUCUAACGCUGCUAAUGUGGUUGGAAGUCAUUAGAACAUGAAGGAAUCUAGAUAAACCCCCCCACUGCUUUACCUGUGGUUGUAAAUACUAUGGUCUACGUGGUGCUCAGUCUUCUGUAACCCAUAGGCAUGUCUAAGUGAAUGACACUAGCUUAAUAGGAAAACCCUCCUGCAUGGAGAAGAACACUAAGAAUUACAUGUUAUUAAUUAUUUAUGGAAUAUUACAUAUACAGGACUUAUGACUUCUCUUCACAAUAGCAAAUAUGUGUGAAUUCUGUUAUGAUUUGCCAGCAGAAGAUAAGCUUUUUUAAACUAAGCAAAGGAAACGAAGCUUGAGAUGAAGAAUAUGAAAAGUUUAAUCUUCAAUUUGUGUUUUUUCCCUUGAAAUAUACAGUAUUUUUAAAGAAAUGUAAAACCUUUGCUGUGAACUUAAUUAUCCUUUGUUUUUCUACUGACAUGUUAGUGGAGGCUUUCAGCCAUAUGUUGUAGUUUAUGAUUUCACCGACCAGUUGAAAUCUAGCAUUGUGCAGAAAAAUUAAGAAAAGUAAUAUGAAGGUAAAAAUAUUAGAAGUCUGCUGUAAAAUUGUUUGAAGUUACUCAAAUUGCUGUAGAUAGAAACUUGGGUUGCUCUGGAAUAACAGUAUUUAUUACUGAUUUUAAAGUUUUUGUUUCCAAGGCGUUUGGCUGUUUAGAGCUUGGAUGAUAUUCAUGCAGAUGUGUGUGUGAAGCCUUGGUAGAUGUGAGCAGAAUUGCACGAGAACUCUAGCACUGGCUUUGCAUGUAUUCAUAUGAAAAUGCAGGUGUCUUUGUUGAUGUGUUGAUUACACUUCAGAACUACCCUAUAUACUCAAGAGCCUGUUCAGGACCUCUUAUUUAUAGACUUAUGGUUCCUGGAAUGAAACAGUGAAAUUCUACAGAGGCCUGGAGUGAUUGUGUGGGGUGCUGUAUUUUUUACCUGUACAAACAUGUUGGAAAUUCAAAUUAUGUGAAGUAGUAAGGUCAUUUUUUUGCUGACCAGCUUUAAUUGGUCUGAUUUUAGGUUUUCAGUGUGUUCUUGAGGUGUAUAUAUCAAGUAUUAACUGUUAGCUCUAUAAAUAUACAUUGGCACUGUACUGAAGCUCGUGUUCCACACUGCUGUUUGCAUAUGAUUAAAGAUUUGGGGGUGCUAAAG